AACAGGUUUUAAUUGCUAUUGAUCUGUAUAUUUACCCUCAGGAAGGAACGGACAGACAUUGAAAUGAACGUUGAAAAUUACUGUUCGGUAAUAUCGAGAUGACAGAAGGAUAUAUUUAAAUACUAAGUAAAUAAAAGGUAUUAACGUUUCUUUUCGUACACAAAAUCAUUGACGAAAUAUUUACAUUUGUGUUUUUUGCUUUACAAGCAAUGAAAGGAUCGAACAGAAGUCUAUUUUAAGUGCUCUUUUAAAUUCAAAAGUUUUACGUACAUCGAUAAACCUCAUAAUCAAAACAAGGACUCGAUCAUAGUUUGACAGUAAGCUGAUAUCAUAAAUAUGAGUGGUGAUAAUAUAUAUAAUGAACAUAAAAACAGUAAUCAGCAAAACGACAAUGAAAUCAAUAACCCACUGAAUAAAGAGGACAUCGUUAUGAAUUGUGAAACGGAAAAAUUUCACCUCAAGUCAGUAUCGAAUGAUGCUAACAUCUAUCCUACUCCAGAAACACUACAAAAUGUUAAUUUUGUGAAAUUUCCGAUUGUUCUUCACAAAGCUGAUACAAAAGAUGCCGAACGAAAAGGCUCAUGUAAGAACAUCACAGUGAAUAUUUUGGCAUUUUUGCUGGGACUAGCAGCAGGAGGAGUUGUUGGAAUGGCUCUAUUUGAUUCGUUUGAUAUAACGUCUUGGAUGAAACAGAACGACCGAUACAAUUCAAACACAGAUUGGUAUAGUCAGACGGGUAAAGAUGUUUCAUCGCUGUUCAAGUCGCUGAAUACAAUUGGUGAUAAAGAUCGUCCAGAAAAUAUUGCUUGUGUCAUUCUGAGUGACAGGGCUGAGUGGAUCAGGGAUAAUAUUAAGAUCUUCCAGACGUUCCACCCGUUUUGCUCCAGCGUCCAAGUGCGUCCAAAACACUCAAAAAGUUUGCUAUUUUCAGGAAUAGUCUCACAAUAUAUGAAGAUAUCCCAAAUAGAUGACUUAUCGUACCAGAAUGAUGAUGGCUUAAAGAUAAAUCCUCAAUGUGUUGUUUAUUUCAUGGAUGAAGAAGAAAAAAACACCAAUAUAAAAGUUCCUAUUCAUAUUCACAUAAUGGACAAACCUGCAAAAUCUCGAUAAACGUCUGGAAUAUAUAUAUGUAAAAACCUAAAUGCUCAUAAUGUUAACUCGAUCUGAACCAAAGAGUACCGAGUGUACCUUACUGAACUAGUUAGCGCAUUAUUAUGGAUAUGGCUGAGAACGCUCAUUAAUUCAAUUAAAAAUAUUUUUCAACUGAACUAAAACUUUUUGCUU